AUGGCUUCCUUAAUCCAACUUCUGCACCUCCUUGCGGCGGUUGGCAUUGAAGUGAAGUAUCCAUCAUCAAAUCCAACGAUCGAUGGCGAUACAAAGUGUGAGGUUCUUAUCAAGACGGGCCUAGGCAAUCCGGAGCCUGUGUUCCUGGACCGGGACAACAAAUUGUGGUACCCGAAUGGACCGGCUUUGGUGUGGAAGGGUGGAGAGUCGACGCUCAUCGCCUGUCCGGGAAAUACUAUUUUCAACACUGGAAGUUCUACGGCGUCCAUUACCUGCUUUGCCGGUACGAUUUUUACCCUUAACGGACUGAGUCAUCUUGUGGACAUUUCCAAAGUUCAUUGCGUGGAACGUCCGAAGGGUAGUGUGCAGAACACUCAUCGAGGCUGUGCUUAUGGUGGUACUUUGCUGAACGUGGGCUUCCGUGUGCUUGGGGUCGGUUUUGUGCCGUACUUUCAGUCGUGUUACAAAAUGUGGAAGGCUUCCGUCAGCUACACUCGCCAUGUGAUCGAUGGUGCUGCUAUUAACUAUAAAAUCCCUAUCACGCAGGAAGAAAAGGAUAAUCUAUUUUUCGAGCCUGCCGAAGUGCCACCGGGCCUUGAACCGCAAUCCGCCUACUCCCAAAUUAACCAGGAACCUCGUUUCACGCAGCUGCUCGGAUCCGAGGAUCAGGCGAGGAGCUACAUCACCUCCACAUCCUUCCUGACCCGUGGCCAUCUGACUCCCUAUGGGGACGGUAUCUUUCGGUCCUGGAGGUGGGCCACCUACUUCUUCGUCAACGCGGCACCUCAGUGGAGGGUCACUAAUGCGGGCAACUGGGAAGUUGUGGAGAAAGCCGCACGUGACGUAUCUGGCCGGCUUAAAGAGGAGCUGCUGGUCUUCACCGGUACGCACGAUAUCCUAAUGCUGACGGACGUAGACGGACAGCAUGUUGAGAUCACACUCGUGGCUGACAGAAUACAGGUGCCCAAGUGGUACUGGAAGAUCAUCAAGUCGAAUAAAAAGGAUGCCGCCAUUGCGCUGGUCAGCAACAACGAUCCGUUCCGCACGAGCAUGCCAGCCGGGGAGAUGCUGUGCCAGAACAUUUGUGAUAAGCACGGUUGGUCCAAUCCGUUGUAUGCCAACUUUGGGCGAGGCUACACCUACUGCUGCAAAGUUGACGACCUGCGUCUUGCCAUCCCCAGCAUUCCGAACGAAGCUAAUGCUGCUAACGUGUUAAGGUAUGAUGGGAACAUCGACUCCGCAACCGGAGCGUCAUGGACGCAUGACGAACUCCGAUGCUUAUCAACCAAGAUUGACACCAAUAAUUCGGAGUUGCGUCGAAUGACUUUAUAA